AUGGAGCCUCUACGAUUAAAACCUAGGCAGCCGGUGGAGGAUGAUAUUGAGAACUGGGACGACGACGAUUUCGUGGUGGACGGUAGCGACCUCAGUUUCCGGAGCCCAACAGGUGCUACCAAUGUCUCGUCCAGACCACCCUCAAGACGCCGAGAUUCCGUUUCCUCGCACUUGUCUCUGCGAUCUGAGCUCGAAGGCGAGGAGGAGAGACAGGUCCAUAUCCCAGGAGAUGACGAGAAAUCCACACUGGACGCCAUCGCUGCUGCGCAGAAUGCUGGCAUCCCUUUACCUAGAAAUGUCCCCACAUCUGCCCUUAUGGGCGGUACCAUCAAGCGGUUGGGUGGAAGAAAGAUCAGGAAAAUCAUUCAAGACGACUGGGAGAACGACAUGGAGCUGCCCGACAUUUCCCAGGGCUUCAAGAUCAAGAAGCACCACACCGAAUUUCCCGAAAGCCUGCGACAGGUUAGUGGUGGUUCUAUCCAGGCCAGUCCGACAAAGGUCAUCAAAUCAGCCUCCCUUUCCCAGGACAACCGAAGGGAGUCGACUCAAUCUACGACAAGUACCAUUAGCACCCUUUCUGCAGCCAUCAACCUGGACCGCUUCAAGGAUAUGGAUGAUGACGAUGACUUCUUCGGCGAUGGCGGCGAUACUAUCAAGGUCUCCAAAAGCCGCCAACCUCCCAAACCGGUGUCAUUCAUAACCCCUCCCACUCCGUCCAGGGACACCAAAACCGCCAACACCGAGGACGACUUUGAAAUGGACCUGGAACUCCCAUCAGAUGGGAAACUCAAGUUAUCUACGAGAAAAGACAUCCCCAAGACCCCAUCGACACACACCGACGACUUGGACUGGGGAGAGGGCAGCCUUGGUACGAGAUAUGGUGGUACGCGACGUGAUGGCCGAUCUAACAGAAGUUCAUCAGCCUCCGCUCUCAGCCCCAGUGUCUCGAGCUCGAUAACAGCCGAAAGUGAAGACGAAACCUUUGAAGGACUCGUGCUCCCCACUGGGCCCGUCAACUUCUCGGAGAGACUCCAGCAUCGACGAAAGAGCAGGUCUCCACGACGAAUCUCUGAGGAACCCUUGGUCCCCCAAACGAAGGCCGAACCUGCCGAAGCCGAUAAACCGGACUUCCUUGACGGACUUGACCUUGGCGAUGGCGAGGUAUUCGACUCGGGCAAGCUUACUCUUCAUCGAAAUGUCAAGGUUAAGGAAACGCGACCGGCUAGUCCGGCAAGACCCAAGGCGGCUGUGUCUCUUACUUUUACCAACAAACCAGUCAACUCAACACGGAUACCUCGGCUCAAUCAUCAUGAGAGGACACACUCGACAUCUCUUGAGCCUGUGUAUGAGAGUGGCGGCCCCAUGACCAAAAGCCGACGCUCACAAUCACGACUGGGCCAUUCAACUCAGUCGUCGGUGACGAGCCUUCCUACUCCUACCACACCCUCACCAUCCCACAGCCUGCCUCCGAUAACGCCUCGGCGGAGGGAGAUUGGUCUUAGGACGUCCACCAGCUCCCUUCGCACUGAGCCUACUACAACUAGCGCUCAGCUUCUGAAACAGAAGCGCUCGUUGCCAGCUAUCCGGGCAAUGAACUCUCCUGCCAAGCAGAUCCCUUUCCGCAAUGAGCGUCCGCCCUCCAGGUCGGAAAGCAACCGACCGCUCUCUGGUGUGCGGCCGAAGACACCAGUCGAGCGUCAACGACCAUCUACGACGGACAGCCCAGCAACAUCCAGGAAGCCGCCGCUGCCAUUCCUACCAGCUGGAGCAUCUCAAUCGCAAUCACAACACGUAGCCUCCAAGACUCUGCGUCAAUUCCGUCGUCAUGACUCUGAUAACUCCAUUGAUCUUCGACCGAACUCGCGUACUAUCUCAAGAUCAACCAUGCGAUCCCCUAGUCCCCACCGAUACCGAGUGGCCGCAGACACUUGGGAACGAUUGAGCAAGCCGAAGAACAAGAAGAACUUUGGUGAUGGCCAUGAGCUGGACGCCUUUGAUGAUCUCCCUACUUCCAAGGAGAGCGAGACCAAAUUCUUGAAGCAGCCUAUCACUACCGGGCCUAAGGCUGCCUUGCGAAAUAAGCUGUACCAAAAUGUGCUUCCCGAUCGAGCCUCGACUGUAUCACCAAUAACACCUCAGACUCCUGCUCGGCCUAUAAGCUACACUCCCCAUUUUGCCCGCGAUACCGCAGCGAGCCGAAUUGCCCGCGAGACGUCCCUGGCGCAACGAGUCCCUAGCAGUGGCCCGCUUGCUCCUCUCACUAGCCAGCGCGUCGCUCAGCUUUCUAUCCGCAAUAAUCUAAACACCUCACUCCCUCAAGCGACUGUACGUUCAAAAAAGCACAAGCGAUCGCAGCAGUUGAAGCCCCACCUUAUCGCGAAUCUCAAUAGCGGAAAGGAGUCAAAGAUGGUGAAUGGGAUGUACUACAACGCCGAAACGUUUCGCUGGGAAGGCAAUGAGAAUGCAUUGAAUCUUUUUGAUGCUGCCGUCUCAACACCUACCCAGACACCGGUCUCGAACGUGAUGCGCGAGAAGGAGGCUGCAUCGACUCCUCGACCUGCAUUAAUUACCAACAUCAGCGCAACUAAGGGAGUUCAAGUUGUUGGCGGGAUGGUCUUUGACCCUCAAAACAUGUGCUGGCUGAAGCUUGACCCACCUGCCAAGCCCAAGUCUGAUCUGAGCGACCCUAUGGAUGGCUUCGAUGCGCUCGAGUCAGAUGAAGACGUUUUUAAGGAUAUCCCCGACCUCGAGGAGAACGCCGCCGACGACGAUGGCGUGCAAGGACGAGUCAGCGACGUCAAGGAUGACUGGCUUGUCGGAGAAGAGUUCGACGUUGGUCCUGAGUUUGUCAGGAGACAGCGCGAAGAAGAAGACAGAUGGCGGAAGAAGUGCGAGAAAUGGGUCGGGCGAGGAUCCAGAGAUCGCGAAGCCUGGCGAUGGACAAUCCGCGAACUCGUCUCGCAAUUCGACGACUUGGCCGUGUGA